AUGCAAUCCUCACAGCAAUCUGUUUCUUUCCUUACAGGCCUGCUCACUGAUCUCUUGACCUCCUUCAACACCCUCACGAACCAGCUCUACCAGAACGUCAUGUUUGUGCGACUCCGCGACGUGCUGCUUGUUGGCACAGUCGCCCGUCGGGUUGCGGCCCAAGCCAACUGCUCCUCUACGACCUCGGUGGAUUUGACAUGGCAUCCUCCCAAUGCCACCAAUAUCAACAACCUGGCCUUCGUCGUCAAUGGCACCGGUGUUGAUGGAUUUAUCUUCAACUCCUCCACCACCCCAGCUUCGACCGCCUACGACACGUACAACUGGUGCAACAUGCCGCAUACGCGCCGUCAAGAGUACCCUCGCGUUGCCCAGGGCUACACUUUGGAAUAUGUCGAGCUUAUUCAUCGUCACCACAAGCGCACCCCGUAUGCUUCCAACACAUUUCCUCGCGAAUCCUACGCCUGGGACUGUGGCGACGAGGCUUUGUUCUUCUAUGGCGCGCCAGAACCAGACGGAUCCUCCGCCCAGGUCAAUUGGCAAGUGUACACCUCUCCAUCCAACCCUUUGGCCCCACAGGGGUUCAAUGGAACUUGCCAAUUUCCGCAAAUCUCUGGUGCGGGUCUGAACGACUCUCGCCAGCAUGGUCGCGAUCUCUUCGGCGUGUAUCAUGACUUGCUCGGCUUUCUGCCUUCUCGCUACAACUCGUCCCUGGUCAAGUACCGCGUCACGAACAACGUCAUCACCUCGCAAGUCGCCGGUCAAAUAGUCGAGGGCGAGUAUUCGGGCCGUCGAAACACCCCCUUCGCUGUGCUCAUCCAGCCCGACAGUGUCGAUAGUCUGGAACCAGCAUAUACAUGCUCCGCAGCCAGUGAUCUCUAUGCUUCCUACGGCGUUGGCAGUGACGCUGCCAAUUGGACGCUGCACCUCAACGACUCGGUCUCCCUGUAUGCAAAGCUCGACUCGGUGAGCGGCGUCAACGCCACCGAUCCUGAUUGGCACAACUGGUUCGACCAUUACUUUGACAACCUGUCCGCUCGCUUGUGUCACCAGAAGCCCCUGCCGUGCCAGAUCGGGAACUCGUCCAACUGCAUUACCGAGGCGGACGCCGACGCCGUUUUCCGGCGAGGCCAGUACGAGUACUCGUUCAUCUACCGCGACAGUCCCUCGUCGCUCCCAGCGUCCGUUGGGAGCUACGGCAUCUACAUGGCCGAGCUCGCACAGAAUCUCCGCGACGCGAUCAAUGGCACCUCUCCCGUCAUCUACACGCACAACGUCGCGCACGACGGCUCCUUGUCCCGGCUGCUCAGCAUUCUGCAAGUCGACGUCAUGGUCUGGCCCGGCAUGGGCUCUGAGGUCGUCUUCGAACUCUACUCCAAGCAAGGGUGUUACUAUCUGCGCGUGCUGUGGGGCGGCCAGGUGCUGCGGAGCUCGAACCCGACUCUCGGUCUGAUGGACCUCAUCCCGGUCCAGACGUUCCUGUCGUACAUAGAUGGUUUGGUUGGAGUCGGCGCGAGCAAAGUCCCCGGUCUGUGCGGGAGUUCAUAG